UCAGCGGCUGGCAGCGGGAAGUUUCAGUUCGGCGGAGGGUCGGUUCGGGGGUUCCUUCUGCGGAUCUGUGGAGUUUUCUGUGUAGCCUCAUUGUUGUGGAUCCAGAAACUGCUUCAGGAUGCCGGUGUCACGGUUUGCUGGUCGGCUUCGGAAAGAUUCGAGCAUCGAGAUGAUUAGGACUAGCUUGGCUCACAGGAAGUCGCUGUCUCAGAAGGAAAACAGGCACCGGGUGUAUGAGCGAAACAGACACUUUGGUUUGAGGGACGUCAACGUCCCACUGGAAGGUAGAGACCUUGUUAAUAUACAUGAGAUGUCUCAAGACCUUGCUCUAGAAAAUGCCAGCUCCAAAACAAAGUCAGUGAAAAUGGUUCUGAGUGACCAACGGAAGCAGCUCCUCCAGAAAUACAAAGAAGAGAAGCAGCUUCAGAAAUUGAAAGAACAGCGAGAGAAAGCCAAAGUGUUCAAAGUGGGUCUCUACCGGCCUGCCGCGCCCGGCUUUCUUGUCGCAGACCAGAGGGGUGUGAAAGCUGAACCACAAAAGGCUUUUCCAUAUACUGGGCGGAUUACAAGAUCAAAGGCCAGAGACCAUAUGGAACAGACUAAGACCGGGAGCAGGAAUAUCCCUCAGGCAGCUCAAUUCGGCCAAAGACAAAUUUCUGAAAAAAAACCAUUAGACAGAGAGAAAAAAGUUAUGCAGCCCAUGGGUCCCACAUCAGGGAAAGUGGCUGGAUCAGUGGCGGCUACUCAGAGGGCCAAGCAGAUGGCCGGAACAGUGCCAUCUACCACAAGAAAGCCAGUCACAAGAGCCACCAAUGAGAACGGAUCAGAAAGAAGGGGACCAAGUAGAGGGGGACCUGCCGGAAAAGCAGAAGGCGAGCUGGACAAGAUCAUUUCUUCCCAAGGCGAGCGUGAAGAGAAGCAUUUGCAGGUGCACAGCAGCGUGACAAACGAAGUGGAAAGCUUGCGGGAGACAGUGCCUGCAAAAGGGAGAGAGAGGGAGUCCUUCGCCCCCGAGCGCUGUGCCUUUCAGCCCCCACGUGGUCUGAAGACCUACCAAGUGGCUCCCCUGAGUCCCAGAAGUGCCAACGCUUUCCUGACGCCCAGUUGUGACUGGAACCAUUUAAGACCAGAAGUUGCCACAACUCAAGACACAACAAAUGAAAUCUCGGUACAGCAAGAAUCAAAUAAAUCACGAUUUGGUUUGGAUUCACAAACAGACUCUAGGAAAGAAUGUGGCUUAAAUCAGAAGGACGCUUCUACAUCAAGUUCAGAUCACCUUUCAGUGAAAGGAAUCACCUCAUCUGAAGCAGGUGACGGUCAGACGGGUCAGCUGCAGCACGACGUGCCGUAUUUCAGAAAAAUUCUGCAAUCAGAAACUGACAGACUAAACUCGCACUGCCUGGACUGGGAGAAGAAGCUAGAACUGGACAUUCCCGAUGAUGCUAAAGAUCUUAUCCGGACAGCAGUUGGUCAAACAAGACUCCUUAUCAUGGAGAGAUUCAGACAGUUCGAAGGACUGGUGGAUAAUUGUGAAUAUAAACGCGGGGAAAAGGAGACCACCUGUACAGAUCUGGAUGGAUUCUGGGAUAUGGUUAGUUUUCAGGUCGAUGAUGUAACCCAAAAGUUCAACAACCUGAUGAAACUCGAGGAGUCUGGAUGGAAAGACAACAGUAAUCCAAGCAAGAAAGUCGUCCGGAAAAAAAUCGUGCCUGGCAAAACAAGCAAAGCAAAGCAGGACGAAGACGGACGAACGGCAGCUAGGAGUCGUCUCGCCGCCAUAAAGAACGCAAUGAAAGACCGGCUGCGGCAGGAAGCGCAAGCCCAGACUGCAGUUCCAGAGAUCCCAAUGGCAGCCGACAAAAUAGUGUUCGAUGCUGGCUUCUUCAGAAUCGAGAGUCCUGUUAAGUCGUUCUCAGUCCUGUCCUCUGAACGUCGUUCUCAGAGGUUCGGAGCACAUGAGUCUGCCAGCAGAGCUGUGCCUGAGGGCAGGGCUGCAGGGGACCUUCUCAGACAGAAGACGCCACUGGAGAGGCCUGACCCUGACCCGCAGAGCAGCACGAUCGAGCACGUUGAUCGGACGUUUUCAGAUGGACUUGGAAGCAGGUGCAGCCAAGUAGAAGACAUCCUGUGUCCUGUACAGCAAGACUCAAGUGACGUAGAGCAUGAUGUAAAUAAAAUAAAGGUCAAGAUGGAGUGUUUUUCUGUUGCGACAAUGAAUUUGCCUCUUCCUGCUGGUGAAGUGGCCGGCGAUGCUAACAGUAACCAAAAGGACGCAGUCUCGGCUGCAGCCGUGGAAGGAGUGGGCUCUGCAGUCCUCUCCCAGGAUGUGCUGAUGAGUCACCCUGAGACAAAUGCCUUCUCACAGCGUGACUCCUUACAAGAAGGAGCUGAGCUGUCCCAGUCAGUACUGCUACAUAAAAGUCUCACUUCUGAAUGCCAUCUUCUUGGUCCACCUGACCUUAGCUGCACCAGCCCCUGCACGCGAGAGGACACCAGACAGCAAGAUCGAGGCCGACAGUUCUCCUUCGGCGGUAACCUCAUCGUCUUCUCACCGCUAAGACCCUGAAGAGAACACCAGGAGGGCUUUUAAUUUAAAAAUUAUUGCAAACAUUCUUUUCUUCACAUUGUUACUUCUUUGAUACAUUCUUAAAUUGUUGAAAAUAUGCACUGGUAUGCACUUCUCUUUGGUCUGUUUAUAUUGCAUUACAGUGUUUUAAUGUUCCCUGUUCAUGGAUUUUAAUGGUGAUACUGUAGAAACCCUGUAGGUUAUUUAAAAUAUUAAACGUGAACCAAGGUUUUGCAUCUGCA